UUCAUAGAGUGUAGACGUAUAUCUGAGCGCAACAAUCUUUUGCACGAACUCAAUCGUAUUUGAAAAUAUUUAUUCGAUCUAAUAUUUAAACAAUGAUUAUAUAUUUAGGACUUCUGUUUGGCUGUCUUGGUGUUUAUUGGACAUACGUGAAACUUUCGUCAUAUAACAAUAAACUGAUACCUAAAAUACCAAAAAAUUUUAAUUUAAAUAAUUUCAGAGUGUGCUUUAAAGAAUUGUCUAAAUGGCUUAUAUAUGCCGGAGAAUAUAGUAAUGAUGUCGGUGGUGUAUCAAAGUUCAACUAUGGACCCGUUGUAGUAUACGUUGUAUCAAACCCCGAAGACGCCUCAACUGUAUUGACUAGAUGUACGUCCAAGUCGUUUGUGUACGACCUCAUAAAACCGUACGUCGGUAGUCAACUGAUCGCAUCCGACUAUCCAGUCUGGAAACGCAACCGACGUCUUCUGGACCUGGCUUUCAAGCAGAACAUCUUGAAUGGAUACGUAGCUAUGUUCAAUAAACGAGCUGACGCUCUCGUGAUAGAUAUGUCCAAGGAAAUAAACAAAGAGGUCGAUUUUACGCAUCUGUUUAGUAGAUAUCUGUUGGGAACCGCUUGCUAUACAACACUGGGCGUGAACGUGAACGACCAAGAGGUAUCUAUAGACAGCUAUCUUAAGUCCGUAGAUAAAUUAAUAAAAAUCAUGUUAAACAGAUUUGUACAGCCCUGGCUUCUUUUAGAUUUUGUGUUUAAAUUUAGUGAAUUGAAAAAAGAACAGGAUGUAGCCCUGGAAAUUGUGCAGAACUUCUCUGAAGAGGUUAUACGAAAGAAAAAAAUGCAAUUCGCACUAAACAGUGACAACCCUGGAGAUGUAGACGAAGACAACGCGGAGAGUCUUCUGGAUAUUCUAAUUAAGAAUAGAAAUGAAGAUGAAAUUUCUGAUAGGAAUAUGAGGGAGAUAGUUGAUAACGUGAUAUUGGCCGCUUACGAUUCCAACGUGUAUAUGAUGCUUUAUAUAUUGGUCUGUAUUGGAAGCUAUCCUGAAGUGCAAAAAAAAGUCUACGACGAAGUAAUCAGUGUAACAGGACAAACAGACAGGGAUAUUACCCACGAGGACUUGCCUAAGUUGGUUUAUCUAGAGGCUGUGGUUAAAGAAGCGAUCCGCCUCUAUCCAGCCGGGCCUAUUGUGGGGCGAGUCACGACAUUUGAUACCCAAUUAAAGGAUUAUGUACUGCCGGCCGGCUGUCAGGUCAUAGUUCACCUUGGCGCCAUAAACCGUAACAAGGAGCACUGGGGACAAGACGCGGACGACUUCCGACCAGAGCGCUGGUUCGACUCCCUGCCGAAACAUCCGGCUGCAUACUCCAGCUUUUCUCCUGGAAGAAGAAGCUGUAUUGGCAAAUCCUAUUCAAUAAUGUUGUUAAAAACUAUGGCACUUAAGAUAAUCAAGAAGUUUUACAUAAGCAGUGAUGAUAAAAAAUUGGAUUUUGAAUUCGGACUGUUUUUGAAACCUAUCGCUGGACACCACAUUAAAUUAGAACUGAGAUGAAUUAAAUAUAAUAUGAAAAUAAACAAUUAUAAUUUUUU